AUCUCCCACUAUCCAAAGUGAACUGACAAACACAAACACAAAAUAGAAAGAAAAGAAAAAGGCAAAUAAAGAGAGAAAGAGAAUUAUUGAAGAAAGAAAAAAUGGGGAGAACUCCAUGCUGUGAGAAGUUAGGAUUGAAAAGAGGUCCAUGGAGUAAAGAGGAAGAUGAUUUACUCAUAAAUUACAUUAAUAAAAAUGGUCAUCCUAAUUGGCGGGCACUUCCCAAACUUGCUGGUCUUUUGAGAUGUGGAAAGAGCUGUAGGCUUCGAUGGACUAAUUACUUGAAACCUGAUAUUAAGAGAGGGAAUUUUACUAAUGAAGAAGAAGACACCAUUAUCAAGUUGCACCAAGUUCUUGGAAACAGGUGGUCGACGAUUGCAGCAAGAUUACCAGGAAGAACAGACAAUGAAAUAAAAAAUAUUUGGCAUACUCGUCUGAAAAAGAAAAUAAGUAAAUCUCAGGCUGAAAAAACUCCUGAGUUACAAGAAGAAACAUCCAUGGAAACAUCAAAAUCUGAUGAACAAAAUUUGGACACACAUUUAGAGCCUGAAAAUUCUAAUUUGGAUAUACAUUUGGAGUCUGAUAAUUCUAAGGAUAAUUCUGAGAUAUCGAGUCCUAAAACAAAUAACGAGAUUCAACAACAAUCAAGUUCUUCGGUACAUUCAUCAUCAUCGAUAUCAUCAUCGAGUGAAGAUGCAUGUUCAAGCACAACUGCAACGAGUCCGGAGCCAAGAGAUCAAUUCAUGUUGGAUAAUUUGGUUGAAAUUGAUGAUGAUUUUUGGUCCGAGGUACUAUGGACAACGGUCGAUGACUCUAAUUAUAAUGACAAUAAUUUUAAUUUGUCAUUAAUGGAGGAUAAUUAUCAGAUUAAUCCUAGCUUGAAUGAUAACUGGUUUUGGGAUGAUCUUUUUACAAGAUCCAAUGAGUUAAUGUUAGAAUUGUCAGAAUUUUGAGCCAAAAAAAAAAUGUUGAGUUUUUUUUUUUUUUUUUCCCUUUUUGGUGUACAAUAAAUCGAGAGCUUGGAGGCUAAAUUUUUAAAGUUAAUGGCCGACAGUUUAGUGAUAAUAAAUCAUGAUUAGUUGGAUAA